ACGAUGGAUUCCUUAAAGUCCGACCCGAACGGCGAGCCCUAGCAAAGCAAGCCAAGGCCCCCGCCGCCGACGAGAUCCGUCAAUCCGGUCAUUGCCCACCGCCUUCCGGUGCUCUUGACUGGCCUUUAACGUCCAACGGCCUCCCUUGGUUAUUCUUAAGUCUCUGCUGUCGUCUCUGCCUCCGUUACCGUUGCCCCCGUCGAGAUCCGGCCGUUGAAGCCCAGCCGCCUCCCUCUGGACUUCUGUAGACGACGGCAGAGCUUCUGGUGGCGGAGAAGUAUCAUGGAUUUGGGCAACCUCAUGGCGUUCGAUCCUACCCACCACUUCGAAUCUAUCCCCUCCUCUAGGCAGGAGCUGACGAGGGCGUGCCUGGAGAAGGGCACGGAACUGGUCCAAGCCAUAGCCAAUGCUGUUUUCGCCCUUCCAUCGACCGAUGACCCUGAUGGUCCCAUCGUUCGGCUGCCCCCGCCAACUACCGCGCUUCCGAGGGAGAAGCAUCUUCCGAAGCCUAAGCCUCCUACAAAGUGGGAGUUGUUUGCCAAAAUGAAAGGGAUAAAGAAUCACAAAAAGGACAAGCGUGUUUUUGAUGAACAAACUGGUACUUGGAAGAGACGUCAUGGCUAUGAUCGUGUAAAUGAUGAUAAAGACAUACCAAUCAUCGAGGCCAAACUAUCAGAUGAACCAGGCGAAGAUCCCUUCAGCAAAAGGAAGGCUGAAAAGAAGCAACGGGUUGAAAAGCAAGAGAAGAACCGGCUGCAGAAUUUAAAGCAAGCUGCAAAAGCUGGAGCCUUGCCAAGUCAUGUUCAGCUUGCUGCCACAGCAUUGCCCAUCACUGGAACCCAUGGAGAGGCACCAAAGAAAGCUAGCAAGGAAGAGCUCCAGAAUGUUGCUGGUAUGGCAGCGACAGCAACAGCAAGUGGUGGGAAAUUUGACAAAAAAUUGCCUGGAGAAAAACCCGCCAAGCAUGCUGGGAAGUAUCGUAAGUUUCUCCCUGUUGUGGAGGGAAAAGGGAUGAGCUCACAAGAAAAACAACAAACAGCAAAAAUUCUUGACCAGCUGAUGAACAAAAGCUGUCAUGGCAUGCUCGAUGUCAACAAGGCUGUUACAAUGUUCAACGUAAAGAAAGAAAAGCAGAGGAACAAGGAAAAGGAACACAAGACAUCUUCUGCAGCAAGUAAACUGAAGCCAAAAAAGAAAUCCCUUAAGAAAUCUUCAAAAAAGAAACAUUAGACAGUGGCACUUUGAAAUGCAUGAGGAGCAGUAAAAUUGUUCGGAGUUAUUAAAGAGAUACAGAUUACUGCGAGUUCAAUGUAUCAGUGGCGAACAACAUCCUUUUCUUGUUUCAUUAGUUGUCUUGGACAAAAUCUAUCUUUCUGCCUUAUGGCCUUGACCAUUUGCAUUAGAUAAUCAAUUUUGUAACUGAGAUUUAUAGUUGUUCGACUUGGUUGGGAACUUGUAAUCGUUAUGAUGAAUUCAUGAUGUGGAUGUUAUUUUCCGAUACAAGAAAACAUUGAGAUAUGUUCUUUA